UCCACAUAAACACAGAACAGAAGAAAAUUCACCGAAAAAAAUUGAAAAGAACGAGUUCUUCGAUACUUUAAUUAGACUCGAACCCAAUCAAUUAGUGGAAACGAACCGGAAGAAGCCAUUUGAAUGAAUGGGCGAAUCGUCAUACACUCCCGCCUCCGCUGCCUCCUCGCCGACCCAUCGCGAUGCCUCUCCCUGGUCCGCUCCAAGUCCCCCCUCGCCGUCGCCCAGAUCCACGCCCUCCUCAUCUCUUCCGGUACCCUCUCCGUCGACUCGCCGCCCUCGCACUUCCGCCCAAUCCUCUCCCGCAUCGCCGUCCUCUACUCACUCUCUGGCCGUCUCUCCUCCGCCCGCCACCUGUUCGACCGGAUCUCCAACCCGAAUCUCCACCUUUGGAACGCGCUCAUCCGUGGCCACGCUCAGCGCGGCGGCCUUCCCCUCGAAGCCCUCCGCUUCUUCGCCAGAAUGGUUUCCUCCAGCCUCCACCCCGACCACUUCACCUUCCCCUUCGCGCUCAAGGCCUGCGCGGACCUCUCCCUCGCCCGCCUCGGCGCUCAGAUACACGGGAAGUCUCUGGCUUCCGGAUUCGCCGGCGACGACUACGUGCAGAACUGUCUGAUCGCCAUGUACAUGAGCUGCGCGGACACGGACGCCGCGGUGAAGGUGUUCAUCCUAAUGAAUCACAGAACCGUCAUCGCCUGGAACACGAUGAUAUCUGGCUUCUGCCGGAAUGAGUAUGCCGGGAAAGCACUAGAGGUGUUCGACGGAAUGAUGGAUGCUGGAGUGGAGAUCGAUGCGGCCACUGCCGUGUGCGUGCUGCCUGCUUGUGCUCAAACGGGCGACUUGCGGAGAGGGCGGUUGGUCCACCAGGUGGCCGGCGAGAGAGGGCUUCUGGACGCUCGUGUGCAGAACUCUUUGGUUGAUAUGUACGCGAAGUGUGGGUAUCUGGAAGAGGCAAGGCAGGUGUUCGAUGGAAUGCCCAACAGGGAUGUCAUCGGAUGGACUGCCAUGAUCGGAGCUUAUGCGUUGCAUGGAUUUGAAGCAGAAGCACUUUCACUUUCUCAUAUGAUGCAGGAGGAAGGGGUGAGACCCAAUUCAGUGACAAUGGCUUCUUUGCUCUCGGCUUGCUCAGCUUGGCCCUCUUUAGCACACGGAAAGUGCAUCCAUGGAUCGUGUAUAAGGCUGUGUCUCGAAUCAGAUAUCGCAGUGGAGACUGCGCUGAUCGAUAUGUAUGCCAAAUCCAGAAACUUGGACUUGUGCCACAGGGUGUUUGCAAGUCGUGCGAAGAGAACAGCGACAUGGAACGCUAUGAUAUCAGGGUUUGCAAGGAAUUCAGCGGCAAAAGAUGCUGUGGAGCAUUUCAAGCUGAUGCUAGCAGAAUCAGUGCCAGUGGAUCUAGCUACAAUUGCGAGCCUUCUACCAGCAUGCGCGGACUUGGCAGACUCGAAGCUGGCCAGUAGCCUGCACUGUUAUUUGACUAGGAUGGGUUUCACGGCAAGCAAUGAGGCUAUCACUGGCUUGGUGAACAUCUAUGCUAAGGCUGGCAAAUUGGAUGUUGCAUGGGAGCUCUUCAGUAGCCUUCAAAAUAAGGACUUGGUAUCUUGGACCGCGAUCAUUGCUGGAUAUGGGAUGCACGGGCAUGCUAUCACCGCCAUUCGGCUCUUCGAUAGGAUGGUGGAGUCCCAAGUGGCACCUAGUGAGGUCACAUUCACUUCCUUGUUAUACUCUUGCAGCCAUGCUGGCUUGGUGGACGAGGGACUGAAGUUGUUCAAUAGAAUGUUGCAUGUCCAUGGCGUGGAACAGAACACUGAUCACUAUGCUUGCAUGAUCGAUCUUCUUGGUCGGGCAGGACGCCUGCAGGAAGCAUACGAGUUGAUCAGAGGAAUGCCGUUUCAGCCAAACCAUGCCGUAUGGGGAGCUCUUCUCGGUGCUUGCGUGAUCCAUGGGAAUGUGGAGCUGGGUGAAUUAGCUGCAAAACAUUUGUUUGAGAUCGAGCCUGAGAACACAGGAAACUAUGUUCUUCUAGGAAACAUUUAUGCUGCAGCUGGAAGGUGGGAAGAUGUGGAAAGUGUGAGAGGUUUGAUGACUGGAAGAGGACUAAGGAAAGCUCCGGGAAGUAGCUUAAUCGAGGCAAAAGUAUAGUGAAGUAACAGCAAAAUGUAUUAAUUAUCUGCAAAUGUUUAGAAGAACACUCAGGAAUCAUAUUACGGCCUGAGAAUUUGUUUCUUCCUGGACUCCUGUGAAUUGGAGACAUCAUUAACCA